AUGCCUAAGACCAAGAAACUUGACCCAAACUGCAUACCCAGCAAUCAGCGAUGUCCACAGGCCAAAGGACUGGAGACAUUGGCUCCUCUGGUGACCACUGUGGAAGAAACACCUGACCCCAUACCCGCCAACAUCAAGGGUAAUAUUCCAUCCUGGAUCAAUGGGAGUUUCCUAAGGAAUGGCCCUGGGAAGUUUGAAUUUGGGAACGACAGAUACACCCACUGGUUUGAUGGUAUGGCCAUGAUGCACAGGUUCCAUUUAAGUGAUGGUAACGUCACCUACAGCAGCCGCUUCCUGAGAAGUGACUCGUACGUUAACAACUCAGAGAGGAACCGCAUUGUGGUGUCAGAGUUUGGGACCUUGGCCAUGCCCGAUCCAUGCAAGAACAUCUUUGCACGUUUCUUUUCACGCUUUCAGAUUCCAAAAGCUACAGAUAACGCCAGUGUGAACUUCGUCAAGUACAAAGGCGACUAUUAUGUCAGCACAGAAACCAACUACAUGAGACGAAUCGAUCCACAGAGUCUGGUUACAAAGGAGAAGGUGGACUGGAGUCAGUAUAUCGCUGUAAACUCAGCCACAGCUCACCCACAUUAUGACUGUGAAGGGGCCACAUACAAUAUGGGCAACUCCUAUGGCAAGGCUGGCUUUUUCUACAACAUCAUCCGAGUGCCUCCUCCAGAGGAGAGCAUGGCCAAGGAUGAUUCAGCUGACCUGAGUGGGGCAAAAGUCCUCUGCUCCAUCCGUGCAGCUGAACCCAGGAAACCAUCGUACUAUCACAGUUUUGUUAUGUCAGAGAACUACAUAGUGUUCAUUGAGCAGCCAAUCAAGUUGGACCUGCUGAAGUUCAUGCUGUACAGAAUUCAAGGAAAGAGCUUUCAUAAAGUCAUGACCUGGGAGCCCCAGUAUGACACUAUCUUCCACCUGGUCAACAGACACACUGGCAAGGUGAGUGAUGUGAAAUACUACGCAGCUCCCAUGUUCACACUGCAUCAGAUCAACGCCUUCGAGGAGGGUGGUUUCUUGGUCAUGGACAUGUGCUGUGGGGAUGAUGGUGAUUCGAUAGGAGACUUCACUUUGGAGAACCUCCGCAAAAGUUCUGGAGAGGAAAUGGACAAGUUUUACAAUUCUUUGUGCAGAAACCUCCCAAGGAGAUAUGUCCUACCUCUGACAGUGGAUGAACACACUCCCCUGGACCAAAACCUUGUCACUCUGUUGAACUACAAAGCCACAGCAAAAAUGACAAAACCCGGAGAGGUGUGUUUGACCCAUGAGGAGCUUCAUGAUGACACGCUUCUGCAGUACGGGGGCCUUGAGUUCCCUCAGAUCAAUUAUGAGAAGCAUAAUGGAAGACCUUAUCGCUACUUCUACUCCUGUGGGUUCGGACAUGUGUUCAGCGACUCCCUACUCAAGAUGGAUGUCCACACAAAGGAGCUUAAGGUGUGGCGUUAUCCCGGUUUGUACCCGUCUGAGCCUGUCUUUGUUGCUUCGCCCAAAGCUACUGAGGAAGAUGAUGGAGUAGUCAUGUCAGUCAUCAUCACACCAAGAGAGGAAAAAAAGACUUUCCUUCUCGUUUUGGAUGCCAAGACAUUCACGGAGCUGGGCAGAGCAGAGGUUCCUGUCAAUAUUCCGUAUGGGACCCAUGGUGUGUUUAACGAGAUGGGCUAG